CCCACUUCCGUCGCUGCGCUCCGGGCCCGGCUGGGUGGUGGUUGCUGCUGCGGAUCGUAUGAAAAUAGCUCGAGUCAUGAAGGUGUUCAUCACUGGUCCGCUGCCGGCUGAGGGCAGGGCUGUGCUCGCCAAGGCCGCAGACUGUGAAGUGGAGCAGUGGAAUUCAGAUGAUCCCAUCCCCAGAAAGGAACUGGAACAAAGUGUGGUGGGGGCCCAUGGCUUGCUCUGCCGCCUCACUGACCACGUGGACAAAAAACUUCUGGAUGCUGCAGGAGCUAACCUCAAAGUCAUCAGCACCUUGUCAGUGGGGGUUGACCACUUGGCUUUGGAUGAAAUCAAGAAGCGCGGGAUCCGGGUGGGCUACACACCAGGUGUCCUGACAGAUGCCACGGCAGAACUUGCUGUCUCCCUGCUACUCACUACCUGCCGCCGGUUGCCAGAGGCCAUAGAGGAAGUAAAGAACGGCGGCUGGAGCUCAUGGAAUCCCUUAUGGAUGUGCGGCUACGGACUCUCGCAGAGCACUGUUGGCAUUGUGGGGCUCGGGCGCAUAGGUCAGGCGAUUGCUCGGCGACUCAAACCAUUUGGUGUCCAGAGAUUUCUCUACACGGGGCGCCAGCCCAGGCCUCAGGAAGCAGCAGAAUUCCAGGCGGAGUUUGUGCCUAUUGCUCAGCUGGCUGCAGAGUCGGACUUCAUUGUAGUGGCCUGCUCCUUAACACCUGCUACCAGGGGGCUCUGCAACAAGGAUUUAUUCCAGAAGAUGAAGAACACAGCUGUCUUCAUCAACAUCAGCAGGGGAGAUGUGGUAAACCAGGAUGACCUGUACCAGGCGUUAACCAGUGGUCAGAUUGCAGCAGCAGGACUGGACGUGACCACUCCAGAACCACUGCCUCCAAGCCACCCGCUGCUGACCCUGAAGAACUGUGUGAUCCUGCCCCACAUUGGCAGCGCCACCUACAAAACUCGCAACACCAUGUCCUUGCUGGCAGCUAACAACUUGCUGGCUGGCCUACGAGGGGAGCCGAUGCCCAGUGAACUCAAGCUGUAGCCAGACGGGUUUUCCGUGGGCUGGAGACAUUUUGCUGGACUUUGGACUCAGGAAAGAGCCUGGAGGAAGUCUCCUCUACUGAAUCUGCAGGGGGAUGUGGGAACUGGCAAAUGGGCUUGCCACACCCAAGCCACAAGCCUGUAAUUCUUGCAUUAAAUAAUUUCUGACCCAG